AUGGUCGUCCGUCCGAACAAGACCCCCCACACCAGCCCAAACAUUGUCGGCGUCCAUUACCGCGUCGGCAAGCGAAUUGGCGAGGGCAGCUUUGGUGUCAUUUACGAAGGCACCAACUUGAUAACCAACAAGCUCGUGGCUAUCAAGUUUGAGCCGCGAAAAAGCGAGGCGCCCCAGCUGCGCGAUGAGUACCGCAGCUACCGGAUCCUCACCGGCCAAGAGGGAAUUCCCAACGUGCACUACUUCGGGCAGGAGGGCCUGUACAACGUCCUCUGCAUAGACCUCCUCGGCCCCAGCCUGGAGGAUCUCUUUGACAUGUGCAGGAGGCGCUUUUCCGUAAAGACGGUGUCGAUGCUGGCCAAGAACAUGCUCUUGCGCAUCCAGACGGUCCAUGAGCACAAUCUGAUCUACCGCGACAUCAAGCCCGACAACUUUUUGAUCGGUUGCCCCAACACCCCCACAGCGAACCGCGUGUUCAUGGUCGACUUUGGCAUGGCCAAGCAGUACCGCGACCCCAGGACCCACCAGCACAUCCCAUACAGAGAGCGCAAGAGCCUCAGCGGCACGGCGCGCUACAUGAGCAUCAACACGCACUUGGGCCGCGAGCAGUCCCGGCGCGAUGACCUCGAAGCGCUGGGCCACGUGUUCAUGUACUUUUUGCGCGGGAGCCUCCCAUGGCAGGGCCUCAAGGCGGCGACCAACAAGCAGAAGUACGAGAAGAUCGGCGAACGCAAGCAGCACACGCCGGUGCGCGAGCUCUGCGAGGGAUUCCCGUCCGAAUUUGCCACGUACCUGAACACGGUGCGGAAAUACGCCUUUGAGGAGACCCCCGACUACAACUACCUGCGCGGCCUGUUCGACGCUGUGCUGGCCAGCAUUGGCGAGGAGGACGAUGAUGUGUACGACUGGAAUCUGCUCAACGGUGGCUUCGGCUACGCCGCCAGCUCCGCCACGGUGUCGAGACCCAGAACCACGUCAGCAACCAGGCGCUGCGCAGCUACGACAAUGUCGGCCACCGGCAGUCGACGGCCAACAUGGACAACUCGGCUGUGA